ACUGAAUAGCCGACGACUGUCUACAUUUUCACACCGUCUAUUGUUGCUUUUAUUUCUCUCAACUUUCUUUCUUGUGUUAUUCAGCCGUUUAACCAAAACCACAGUCAGCAAUCUCACAAUACCUGGGAUUGAUGAUGCACGCGGACCAAUAGGAGAGGGGCCUCGGCACGCGGAUUGUUAUUUGAUGGGUGCAUGUUAGUAGGGGGAUAGGGCCUCCUCCAAUGAUCGUCUGAGUAACGGGUCACAUGUUUGGGCCCCCCUUCCUCUCCAUUCAUCAGGGGUGGACUGUGUUGUCUUUUCAAUUCAUUUAUCUGCAGGAAUGAUUGCGACUAUCAGUCUGAAGCUCACCGCCUGACUGGGGAGGUGAAAGUUUCGCCACAGGAAGAUAAACCGCAAAAUACAAUAUUGUACAUGAUUUGCGUGUGCAUCGGAUGAGAAUUAGUGUGGGGGAGAAUUCCACUCUUGUUUUAGGUAAAUAGAAAACCGGUGGAUUGGAGUUUGUACUCCUCUGUAAGGUCUGAGAGAGACUUUUGCAUAAAGAGAGAAAGCGAGAGAAGUAUAGGAGUGAGAGAAUAACUGUUCGUGAUUUUUUAUUUCUGCUCUCAGUCGCCUCAUUGAGUUGUAGACUGCCGGAAGAUGCUUCUGGAUGCAGGACCCCAGUACCCAACCAUAGGAGUCACUACGUUCGGCUCCUCAAGGCAUCACUCAACAGGCGAAGUCACAGAAAGAGAAGUGGCUUUGGGGAUAAAUCCGUUCGCAGACGGGAUGGGAGCUUUUAAAAUCAACCACAGCUCCCACGACCUGGGCUCCGGCCAGACGGCGUUCUCCUCCCAGGCUCCCGGCUACGCUGCUGCCGCCCUGGGUCACCACCACCACCCGACACACGUCAGCUCCUACUCCACCGCAGCCUUCAACUCCACCCGGGACUUUCUCUUCAGAAACCGGGGCUUCGGGGAUGCCACCAGCGCGCAGCACAGCCUGUUUGCCUCGGCAGCGGGAAGUUUUGCAGGGCCACAUGGACACUCUGAUGCCGCGGGGCACCUGCUCUUCCCGGGACUCCACGAGCAAGCCGCAAGUCAUGCAUCAUCAAAUGUCGUCAACAGCCAGAUGCGGCUUGGCUUUACCGGGGACAUGUACGGCCGGGCUGACCAGUACGGCCAUGUUACGAGCCCCCGCUCCGACCACUACGCCUCCUCCCAGCUGCACGGCUAUGGCCCCAUGAACAUGAACAUGGCGGCUCACCACGGGGCAGGGGCCUUCUUCCGAUACAUGAGGCAGCCCAUCAAACAAGAGCUCAUCUGUAAGUGGGUCGAGCCCGAACAGUUGUCGAACCCCAAAAAGGCUUGCAACAAAACGUUCAGCACGAUGCACGAGCUCGUGACCCACCUGACAGUGGAGCAUGUCGGUGGACCGGAGCAGUCUAACCAUAUCUGCUUCUGGGAAGAGUGCGUCAGAGAAGGAAAACCAUUUAAAGCCAAGUACAAACUGGUAAAUCAUAUCAGAGUGCACACCGGAGAGAAACCAUUCCCAUGUCCCUUCCCCGGCUGUGGAAAAGUGUUUGCCCGAUCGGAGAACCUGAAGAUCCACAAAAGGACACACACUGGUGAAAAACCUUUCAAGUGUGAGUUUGAGGGCUGCGACAGACGGUUUGCCAACAGCAGCGACCGGAAGAAACACAUGCACGUCCAUACAUCUGACAAGCCUUAUCUCUGCAAGCAAUGCGACAAGUCCUAUACACAUCCCAGCUCUCUGCGGAAACACAUGAAGGUUCACGAGGCUACCACGCAAGGACCCCAACCGUCACCAGCGGCCAGUUCCGGGUACGAAUCGUCCACGCCGCCCACCAUCGUGUCCCCGUCCACAGAGAACCACAAUUCCAGUUCCAUAUCACCGGCAGCCUCGACAGUACACCACACGACCAGUCACCACACCACGCUGUCGUCAAAUUUUAACGAAUGGUACGUGUAAAAUAUUUUCACAAAGACUGCAGAAAUAGGACUGCUUGGAAUCAAAGACUUUGAAAGUCAGUCUAUAAUGCGUGGACAGAGAAAAUUACGGGGAAGCCAAAAUGGUUGGUUAAUGGCUACAGAGAGAGAGACAGAGUGAUGCAUGGACAAGGUGCACGACCAGCUACCAAGUUAAAGUUUUUUUUAAACACCCCCCCCCCGUCUCUUUUUUGAAAGACUGCACGCAAGAUAUCUCAAUGCAUGCUAUCUGCGGUUCGUGGCCUGGUUUUCUUUGUACAUAAAGAUUCACAGUUCAAACAUGUUAUAUUUUAUUUUGUAAAUAGUUAUAUCACAGUUUAAGGGCAUUUGUGAAAACGUGGUCCCUAGAUAUAUGGAAAAUGAGAUGAGUUUUAACAAUAAUAUUGCGAUGACUAGUGUUGAUUGAACAGAAUGUUGUAGUUGAUGUGUACCCCAAUGUGAAUUACUCAGUAUAACUACCGUCUCCACUAUGACGUCGACCUUACCGACUAUUAGUCUAUUUAUGUGCUUUUGUAUUUGGUGCCACAUUCCGUCUACGGUCCAGUUGGAGUAGCACAGUACUUACCAUUGCUGUUAUUUAAUGUCAUGUCGAUAAAUCGUGUAGUGAAAGCCUGAAACUCCGUGUCAAUCUGUUUAUGUACGUGAUAAAAUAUUUUUAAAAAACUAUUUGUCCAUUACCUUGAUAAUGUCAAGGCAGUAUUACCUUAUCCGCAUGUAAAGGGUAACGUUAGAAAUGAUCGGGAUUUAUGGAGAAAUACGCUCUUAUGUAGAAUUUAGUCUACACAAAAUGUUUGGUUACAUUUCGUACUAUAUUAAAGCAUAAAAAAAUACAACCAA